AUGCAUAUCAUUCAGGGCAACACAGUUUUAAGGCGGGUCUCGUGGCUUGACUUUCAAGACAAUGCAAAGCUUAGCUGCGUACCCCAGUUUUCAAGCGUUAUCCUAGCUUUGAGGAACCUGCAACAACUCGUCAAAUUCACGUUUUGGCCGGCACGUUGUACAGAGCCGUUGGUAACGCUCUCAAUGCACAACUGUAAGGGUUCACAUCUGAAAUCGGUGCUCUGCCCGUUCCAACGCAUUAUCAUAGUCACUUGA